CGACACGCUAUUCUGAUAUGACCACACUGCGAAGUUUCCACCCCUUGACGUUUCGGCAGGUGUGUUUUAAGUUUUAGCAGAGAGACACUAACAGCAGUUCGAAGAAUCACAACACUUCAACGAAUACGUCCAGUAGGCUAGUGCUGGAGCGUGAUCAAAAUGCGCACUCCCGGUAUGCUGAUAUUUGGAAUGGUUUUGUCACCUUGCGGGUGGAUCCUGGAUCUGACCAGCACGGUGGCCCCGAACUGGAGGGAAAAUCGGAACCUCCCGAGCGAAUCUCAGGACCUCGUCUUGGAACAGGGGAUCUGGGAUAUCUGCAAAACUUUCGAUUCCUCACGGACCAUAGAAUGUAAUCAGCCAGACGUGCCAUACUUCAACAACCAAGUCAUCCCCGUGGCGCAGGGUUUAAUGGUGGCAUCUUUGUUGGUCACCCUACUUGGCCUGGCUAUAGCCACCCCUGGAGUCAGAUGCUGGAGAGACCGACCGAACUACACUAUCGCCGGGUUGGGCGGACUUUUGAUCUUCCUUUCGGGCGUCAUGACCAUAAUUCCAGUCGCUUGGUACACUCACAUUCUGAAAAACAUAACCUCAUUGACGGCGACCGGUGACGACAUUCGGGUGGGCUACUGCAUCGUGCUGGGUUACAUCGGGGGCAUCAUGCAAGUACUUGCUGGACUUGCUAUGGUCAUUGUGAUGUGCUCGUGCUGUGGCGGAAAGAACCGCGGUGAGAAAUCAUCAGACCCCCCCGAGAAGUUCACCCACACAAAAUAUCCAAUGGCCAGAAGAAUCGAAGUGCCCAGUAUCAGCAGGAGUAAAAGUUCCGCAAGCAGCGUCCCUUACUCCAAGGAUUCGUUCGACGACGACUUCCCCCGGGCCAAGACCCCUGGAAAUCGGUCAACCAGCACAUCUUACGGCGGCAGACCUUACGACGCCGAUUUGUGAAAUCGAACCUGAACCAAAACACUGACUUUAAUUGAGGACGUUUCUAUGAUGGACGCAGCGGUUGACGAGUAUCUUAGCACUAUUUCUCCCUUCUCUGUUACCUUACGUUGUACGCGCAUAGGCUAUUUGAUCUCUGUAAAUCAUGGGAAUAAACGGGUUUACAGGCAGUGGAACUUUUGAUUAUCUCGUUUGAAAAAUUGGACCCAGAAGUAGCUCUACAAGCUAUAGCAGAUAGUUACACUCGCAGUUCUAAAGUAUUUGAGUCUUUGUAAUGUUUAUAUAACUUAUGCAGAUCUAUAAGCGCAGUUGAGCAUAUGUUCUUGUUAUACUGGCAUAGUACGUGGAAUUUGAAGAGCAUGCUAAUAUUUCUCGUUGGUCCGUAACUAUAUUUCGAUUCUAUAUUUGUAGCCUAGCCUGUUUCUAAACAGAUCGGCCAGUGCGGUCAUUUAGCUCUCCUGUGGUCAGAAGGUUUGACAGAAUUGAUGUGAAUUGAUGCAGCCCCACUUAUAAAAAGUUCCAUGUUCUUUCUAUAAAUGAUUUCUUUUAUGAAACAACAAUGUGUUACUUGUAAAGGUGUAAAUUAUGUGGUUCACCGACCCACGCUUAGGAUAAGUGUACGGUUGGUUUUGAGUAUUCUUGGAUAAGACAAAGGCAUACAUUCGGUCAAUUUAUCCUUAAGUUUUAGUUCCAAUUUUUGGUAAUCACUGCACACACAAAAAAAUAAUACUUGCGUGUAACUGUGAAUAGAAGAUUACGACAACUAAUACUGGUGUAUUAGUUUUGUACAGAAAUAAAACAUAACUCCCUGACUUCUUGUAGGUAUAUGCUCCCUGAAUUUUGUUUUAAUUGUGUCUUUCGUGUUGCCCUUCAAGCAAUAAAACAAAUGCUACUGUAUUAAAUG